AUGGCGUUCAGACAAACGCUUACACGCCCCGCUUCUAAGCACAUCUCCUCAUAUGGCACAGUCCUCGAUCGGUUCCUCAACUCUCACAAUCUCUCCACCUCUUUCCCCUCCACCAGGCUCUCCUCAUCUCCACCAACACAAAUUGUAUCCCUAUUCGAACCCACAAAGUCCGCCAUUACCGGCUGCUGGGCACCCCCCAAAUACUCACUCCGACGACAAGCGAAACUUGUCAAAGAAGCUGCCCUCACCAACCAACUCUCUUCCCUCCCCGACGGCCCGAAAAGCACGUGCAUCCAACAACGUUUGCACCGUCUAGCAAAGUCUCAUGCUUUCGAACAAAAAGCUAGCCAAUACCAAUACAUCCCCCGCUCCGCCUCUGCACCCCCGGCUGUUUGGGUAAGAGGUCAAGUGCUAGGUGAAAGGGUAGUAAAACCGAAACAAAGGGAAAGCAAGCAAGAGAGGGAAGAGGCGAUGCAUGCCGCACGAUUGCAUGUCAAGGAUGUAGGACCCUACUCAGGAAGGGCGAGGAUCUUUAAGGGUAGUAGAGUGGACAAGGAUAAACAGAGGAGAUGGGCGGAUGUGGAAGCGAGAUUGGACAAGAUGCGAGAGAGUAAGAAGGAGUGGCAAGAAGGGCAGAGGGAGGCAAGGAUCAAGUUGAAGCCUGGUUUACCUUUCUAA